CGCCACACUUAUCGAUAAGUGCGAUAGGCAGGCAUCGAGGACCAACGGACCGAUAGGCUUGGUCAAAUGAAAACAUUUGGCGAGAAAAACGCGGAAAUUGUCAAUUAAUCCGUGCAAUCACAGGAUGGGGGACCAACAGCAGCUGAUCCUGGCCACCGGUGGUUAUGACCACACCAUAAAGGUGUGGCAGGCGCACACGGGCAACUGCAUAAAGACGAUGAGAUUCGUGGAGACCUCGCAAGUGAAUGCGCUAGACAGGACACCGGAUAAGACGCGACUGGCGGCGUGCGGAUACCAGUGCAUCCGGCUGUACGACCUCGAGUCCAACUGCACCGCACCGGUGAUCAAUUUCGAUGGCGUGCAAAAGAAUGUGACGCGACUGGGCUUCCAGGAGGACGGAAAUUGGAUGUUCACCGCCGGCGAGGAUCAUCACGUGCGUAUCUGGGACAUGAUCGCCGCACCGCCACACUGUUCCCGGGUCUUCGAUUGUGAGGCGCCGGUGAAUGCCGCCUGUUUGCAUCCCAACCAGGUGGAAAUCGCCAUGGGCUCACAGAAUGGCAGCGUCUUUCUGUGGGACGUCAAGUCGGAGCGGCACGAACGCAUCGUGCCCGAGGUGGACGCGUCCAUUCAGGAUGUGGCCAUCUCGCCGGAUGGCAGAUACUUGGCGGCGGCCAAUAACAAGGGCAACUGCUACAUAUGGUCGCUGACCAGUCAGGAUCAGAAGAUGAGCACGCUGCACCCGACGAAGAAGAUUCAGGCCCACUCGCGAUACAUACUGCGCUGCAAAUUCAGUCCCGAUUCCAGGCUACUGCUGACGACCUCCGGCGAUGGCACUGUGUGCAUUUGGAAGACGGAUGACUUUAGCAAAUGGCGCGAGCUGCGCAUCGAGAACUAUUGGGUGUGGGAUGCCGCCUUUAGCGCCGAUUCCAAAUGGCUGUUCACCGCCUCAUCCGACGGCAUUGCACGACUGUGGAAGCUGCAAACGAAGAGUACCAUCAGGGACUAUACCGGUCACACCAAGGCCAUCACUGCCUUGUCCUUCAAGGACGAGAUCGUGGGCAAAUAGCAUUAGUUGUAGUAGUAGUAGAAGCUAGCGUCUAGAGUAUAGGCACAUUGUAAGUGGCUCCUGGUGGCGGAUUUUCAUUUGGCUUUCCCCAAAGAUUGGCCUACUAAUUUCAGUCAUUCUACCAAUUAGCUGGCUAAAAUCCACACAAAAUUGAUGGCAAUUUUAAUGUUUGUGAAGCAACGCGGUUUUAGUUCUGCUUAAGUUUCCAAUUGGGUGCACAUUUAUAAAAUGCUAAUUCAUAGUCUCAAAAUUUAUAUCCAAAAUGUUUGAAAAACUGCCAGCAGUGCUCAUUAAAUCACUUCCGAACCUAUUACGAUCUAUCUUAAGCCAGUUAUAUCGACAAUUAUCUCAAAUGUACAAUUAUCCGCAAACCGCCAACCCAGCGAGACAAUCCGCCAGGAACAAAUAAUGUGGCAUUUUUUUAAAGCUGUGGGGAAAGUAGCAACACGACAACUGAACUGAACUGAAGCAUCAACUAAAACAACAUCCACAACAAUUGAACCGAUUAAUGAGAAUACCUCUGAAAAUGCGCGCUUGGCUUUUGUAGCGACUUUUUCAUAAUUUAUAAACCUUUGAUACAUAAUUAUAUUACGACUAAAUCGUUUGUACGCAAAAUGCAAUUUGAAUAAAAAUCUUACCAGCGUACAUAUACAUACAAUACAGAAAUUGAAAAA